CUCUGAAAUAAUUUCUCUCUAUGGCUAUUUCUGGCUCAUGAUUCUUGGUGCUACUUGAUUAGUGUUAGUUCUUCCUAGGGUUACAUUCAAUUUUCUUUUCUGGUGAGGAUUUCUUCUCUCCGAUUGAUGCUGUCGAAAUUGUGAUCGAAUUGCGUGCCGCGACAUGUUUUGAUUAGAGUUUUUGCCUUGUGUUUUGUUCCACGAUCCCUGCCUACCUUUUUCACCUCUCGAGAAGAAAGAGGGUCGCGUGAAUUUUACUCAGGUUCGUGGUUCUCUGUCUUUCUGGAAGGAUCUUCGAUGGCUGAGACUACUGGGCGUUUUCUGGUUCGUCGUUGAGAAUUUUUGGUUUAAGAAGCUUUAACAAAAAUGUGUGUACUUGGCUUAGCAGAGGUAUGCGAGUAAUGUGCCAAGAGCACGGUUUUGGUAAGAAUCACGUAGGUAGAACCCAUCCUAAAAGGGUAUGCCUAAGGGCCUUAUAUGCCCCACAUGAACAUGAAGUCCUAUUUUGCAUUCCCAAAUUUGUUUGGCUUGUGAAUGGGAUACACUACAGCGGAUCCUUGUCUUUUCCUUUUUUAAUUCCGUCGCUCUUAUGUCUUGUUUUACCGGUUUCUGUUUCAUGUUUUGCCGUCCAGGUGUUAUUGUGUUCAUCAGUGUAUUGUGAAAAUUAAGAUAACUCAUUGCUGCCUGGCUUAUCUCCGUUUCCAACUAGAAACUGCUCAUCAGAAGCAGUUGUGAGCUGGAAAAAUGACUGAGACGAUGGAGAUGGAAAUGGAGUUCUCUGAUGGUGAAGAAACUAAUGGUGUUGCACAUAUCCCCGCAACUUUUGUUACCCCAUCUCGUAAUCAUGUAUAUGACAGGGCUGCUAGUUUGGCUGCUAGUUUGGCUGCUCAUGGAAACUCAUCUGGUGCAUUAGAUAAAGGGAUAGAGAGGGUGUAUCAUGAAAAGCUUCCUGGUUUUAUUUUCAUGUGUAACGGCAAAACGAAACCUGACUGCUACCGUUAUCGUGUUUUUGGGCUUCCAAAAGGGAGGAAAGACAUCAUCGAUAAUAUAAAACCAGGCAUGAAGCUUUUCCUGUAUGACUUUGAGAAAAGACUUCUGUAUGGCAUAUAUGAAGCUAUCGGUGGUGGCAUGUUGAAUAUAGAACCAGAUGCUUUUGAGAAGAAAUAUCCAGCUCAGGUUGGAUUCAGAAUUUUCAGGAACUGUUAUCCCUUAUCAGAGAGCACUUUCAAGUCUGUGAUCCAUGAAAAUUACAGAGGCGACAAGUUUAAGCAAGAACUCAGUCCUCACCAAGUUACAAUUCUUCUAUCAUUGUUCCGUUCGUUUACUGCUCCGGAACUUGAUUCAGUGCCUCAGAUGUUGGCUUCUAGGUUGUCCUCACCUAGGACACUAUCAUUUGAAGAACGUUUCAUAGCUUCUGGGAAACUUCGACUCACGUCAUCAAUGCUACAUCCUGCGUCUGUUGACCAUACAGAACCACGUCACUACUCUCGUAUGGCCCACCAGUCUGUUGCUCACAAUACAUCUUCAGUCCAGCGUAGUUACUCCAGACAACCUGAUUAUUCAAACCCAUUGAGGGGGUUGUCAAGUCUAGAUAAGCAGUAUUGUCCUACAGAAGUUCGGCAGCAGCGCUUGCUUGGAGACCCUCCCCGGUCAUCUAUUCAAGACCCUCAACUCAAAUACUUGACCAUUUUAUCAAAUAUACGGAGAUACGGAACUGACCGAGAGCAUUCGGCCUCAGAAACUGAGUAUCAUCCUGCAACGCCAUUAGGGAAUGAGCAUUAUACUUCAAACUAUCCUGGUAAUGGUUAUUAUCCUUCGGCCUUAACAGGAAAUGAAGUUUCUUCUGCCUCUGCAGCCAGUGUGAAUGUUUAUUACCCUUCGACAACCUCUGCAAAUGAGUUUUAUACUUCGGCCUCACAAAAGGAAGGGGAAACAAGUCAGACGGCUGCCAACUACUACCCCCAGCAAGUAUCCACGGCUUCAGAUGCCACAGUUUCCGUUCAAUUAGAUGCGCAGCCUGUCCAUGCUGCACAGUCUUAUGCCGAGACUAGUGGGUAUCCUUCACUAGCACAUGGUCAAGAAACUGGGAGUGCUCCACAGCCAGCCGCUGAAACGAUUGGUUAUGCGGGUUAUGCCCAUCAACCACACAGUGUACCGGUUGCAUAUACCACUCAUCCACACCAAGGAAGUGUGGAGUAUAAUGGGCAAUCAUAUGCAGCAGCAAUGGGUUACACUCAUCAGCAACCAUAUGGAAAUGCAACUGGAUAUACUCCACAGAUCUAUGGAAGUGCAACCGGAUAUACUCAACAACAAUAUGUUGCAGCGUACGGGUAUGCUCCACAAACCCACCAAGCUGAAGUUGUUGAAAACUCUCAACAAACGGCUGAGCCACAAUCUGCUUUACCGGGGUCAACUGGAACGGCUGAUUGGAAUUCAAACCAGCCAUAUUCCGGAACAGCUGAUUGGAGUGCUGUGUAUCAGCCUUACUACCCUUACACAGCAGAUUCCACCACCACCACUACCUCCUAUAACCAAACAUGUUGUAAAAGAUCCCGACGUUUUUCUACCUGUUGGAAGCAUGGACUCAAACUGUUGGAGGCUACUGACCAUGCAACGAGGGCCAAGUUCCUAAGAAUGGAGUCUCCUGCUUGUCUGCUAAGGAGAAAAAGGAACGCGGUUAAUGGCGUCAGUCAGACCGUAGACUCGGAUACAACUGGGUCCCACCUUUUCCCUGUCCAGAAUUUUUCCUCCCUUUUUUAUUUCUGGUUUUUCUGUGUCCCACUCCUGUUUUCUGUCUCUUCUUCUUCUUUGGAAUCGUCAAAUGGCUUUUUCUGUUGUUCGAUCCAGCACCUGAUCCGCAGAUUUCGACGGAGUAUUAUCUUUAUGGGAAACUGCUGCUCCGAUGUGGCCUCCGGAGGUGGCGGCUUGUACGGUGUCGGUGGAACUGCUUCCUCCGCCGCCGGCAACGAUGCCGUUGACUACUACCUCAAGUCUCGCGGCUAUCAUGGACUUUUCUCUCAGAUCGAGCUAUCGUUUUCUGCUUCCGAUCUGCGAGACCGGGACGUGCUCUCAAAGAGCGAUCCAAUACUGGUGAUUUAUACGAAAGGAAGAGAUGGAGCUCUUACAGAAGUAUUCCGUAGUGAAGUUGUUUUGAAUUCCUUAAACCCAAAAUGGAUUAGGAAGUUUACGAUCACUUAUCAAUUUGAGAUGGUGCAAACAUUGUUGUUUCGUGUGUAUGACAUUGACAAGCAGUUUCAAAAUUCAAGAGAGGAGAUGCUCAAGCUCGACGAACAGCAGUUUCUUGGUGAGGCAACUUGUGCACUGUCUGAGAUCGUCACAAAAUCGAACAGGACAGUUACCUUAGAACUCAUGGGUAAAGAAGGUUAUGCUCCACAGACUCGGUCACAGAACCAUGGAAAGCUUAUUGUCCAUGCUGAGGAGUCUGUUGCUUUUAAGACUACAACAGAGAUUGUAUUUAGGUGCUUGAAUUUGGAAUCGAAAGAUCUUUUCUCAAAAAGUGACCCCUUUUUGGUGGUAUCAAAGAUUGUAGAGCAGGGGGUUCCAAUCCCCGUGUCUAAAACUGAAGUCAUAAUGAAUGAUCUCAACCCAACAUGGAAACCACUCUUUCUAAGUGUUCAACAAGUGGGAAGUAAGGACAGCCCUCUGAUUAUAGAGUGUUUUGACUAUAAUAGCAAUGGAAAACACAAUCUCAUCGGAAAAGUUCAGAAAUCGCUUUCAGACUUAGAGAAGCUUCAUUUUGCUGGCCAAGGAAUCAGUUUAUCUUUAUCAGCUGGACAUAAACAUGAAGACCGGACUUUGAAGAGCCAGCUUUACGUGGACAAGUUUUCCGAGACUGUCCAGCAUACUUUCUUGGAAUACUUGGCAUCAGGUUUUGAAUUGAACUUCAUGGUGGCAAUUGAUUUCACUGCUUCCAAUGGAAAUCCCCGCCUUCCAGAUUCUUUGCAUUACAUUGAUCCUUCAGGAAGACUAAAUGCCUACCAGAGAGCAAUAGUGGAAGUUGGAGAAGUGUUGCAGUUCUAUGACUCCGACAAACGCUUCCCAGCAUGGGGAUUUGGAGCACGCCCUAUUGAUGGUCCAGUGUCACAUUGCUUUAACUUGAACGGAAGCAGCACCUACUGUGAGGUGGAAGGAAUCCAAGGUAUCAUGAUGGCAUACACCAGUGCCCUCUUCAACGUCUCUCUUGCUGGUCCUACCCUUUUUGGCCCAGUGAUCAAUGCUGCUGCAACAAUCGCCAGCCAGUCUGUUGCACAAGGAGGACGAAGAUACUAUGUCUUAUUGAUCAUAACGGAUGGAGUAAUAACAGAUCUCCAAGAAACAAGAGAAGCAUUGGUGAGUGCAUCAGACCUGCCCUUGUCAAUCAUCAUCGUAGGGGUCGGAGGAGCUGACUUCAAAGAGAUGGAGAUAUUAGACGCUGACAAAGGAGAUAGGCUGGAGAGCUCAAGCGGGCGUGUGGCUUCACGUGACAUUGUCCAAUUCGUCGCAUUACGAGACGUACAAUAUGGGGAGGUUUCAGUAGUGCAAUCGAUUCUAGCUGAACUUCCCACACAAUUUUUGACGUACAUGAGGCUCAGAAAUAUCACGCCAUCUACCUGACCAUGUAAAAGACAGAUGCCAUGCAUACAUAUAUAUAUAUAUAUAUACAUAUAUGUGUGUGUACAUACAUUUACACGGGGCUGUCGAGGAGAUGGAGCGAGACGCUGCCAAAACGCCGCCGUUUUAGGUGCAGAAUUGGUUUAUUUCUUUCCACUUUCUCUCUCCAUCCAAACCGUGCAAGUGAAGUGGAUGACAAUGCGGUUUCUUUGAACGAAAUCUCUUUUCCGACAACUGUUUGAAAAAGUUGGAUGAUUUGUUGUCGUUGGGUUUUCUGCGUUUGAUCAUUUUAUAUUGUCUGAAGUCUGAAGCUGUUUUGUGCCGAUUGUCUACUGAAGAUACAUACGUAUUCUGUACCUUUUUUUUUGUCCUAUGGACCAUAAAAAAGGGUUUUUGUAGUUUCAUUUUGUCAUUUGGCUGCGCUUUCUCGGACAGGCGGCGGAGGCACGAGCUGCCGGUUUCUACGGCUGUCGUUUUUUUUUCUGAUUGGAAGGUCAACGGACAGAAAUUUUCUUCACGGAUAGUUUUUCUAUUUUUUGAUCAUGAUACUAAA